AUGUGUUCAUUUUCUGGUUGUAGUGAGGAGGUUGAAAUUAUUGAAACGGGGCAUAGAAGGAGUUCUGAAUCAAGUACAUCAUCAGUAGUUAGAAGGAUGGAAAAAUAUAGUAUCCAAUCUCAAGAUUUGCCAGAAAUUAUAGAAGAAGAUAUGUCAGAUAUAGAUGAUAAUGGAGACGGUGAAGAUAAUUGUCCAAUAGACCAAAGCACUAUCUCUUCAGAAAAAGAAUCCCACAAAAGACCUAGUGAAGAUACCCCUGAAAAUAAAUUAUCUAAUAAGAAAGAGCUGAAAUCGCCAAGUUCUUCAACAAGUAGUACUACUUCUCAGGCUGAAUCUAUCACAAGCCCAAGUAAUUUUUCUGAUUUAUACAGUGCAAUUGUUAAGGCUGAAGAACGAAUUGAAAGUGUGAAUCAAGAAAUUAUUAUAUGCUAUUUUGCUUUUGGAAAAAAGCUUAAGGAAAGGUUAGCCAAGUAUAUGAAAGAUAAUAAAGAGCGUAGAUCUCAGAGAAAACUUUAUAAAGAAGUUGAAAAACAGCUCCCAUCUAACCUCUCGAAAAAUGCAAUUGAGAAAAGAAUAGAAAGAGCAAGGAAAAUUUAUGACCUUUUUAGUAGUAUAGGUGAGGAUAAAAUUCAACGGGUGAAAUCUUACUCAGCAUUGAGAAUUUCUAAAUUAAGUUGGGAUGAAAUUGAUGCUAUAGAAGAGGAGUUUGAAUAA